AUGAUAGUAGGGAGGCUGAAUGAUGUCGACAACACCGCAAAUGAGUGGAGACGAAAUGAGGAGCAAUCAUCUCGAGUUGUAAUUUUUCACGAACUAGAUUACAAUCAAGCUCAAUGUGCUUGGUUCAUUCGUGAUAGACGGGGUUGGAGGCGAUAUGUAAGGCGACUCGAUUAUCACGAGGCUAAGGAAACAGGGGUUAAACCGUGCGCUCGUAAAUCUACCAAGAAAUUUAAAAGCCAAGUAAGCUCACAAGACACUAAUGUCAUAGCCUAA